AUGAACAUGAUCAAAAAUGUGCACUUAAUUCGAAAAGGGAGGCCUAAUUAUGGUUUUGGAAUGAGAUGGGCUUUGAAACAUUUGAGAGAAUAUGGUAAGGAAGGAAAAUCAGAAUUUUUAAAAUGUUAUGAAAAAAAAACAAUGAAUUCAGUUACUAACAAAAUAGGAAAUAAAAAUGUAUUUGAAGAUUAUAAAAAAAUGGAAAUUGGAAAAGUUUUGAUACUUAUUUUAAAUAAUUUGAAAAAUGGGAUAAUAGAAAAGGAAACUGGAGGGAAUAAAAACAAAAUGAAUAAUAAAAUAGAAAAUAUAAUAGAUCAUAUUUUUAAAAAUAAUUUGAUCAUAAACAAUUUAAAUUUUAUUCAAUUUAACAUGUUAUUAACUGUAAUUCAUAAAAGUGAAAUAAAAGUAAAAAAUGAUAUACUAUUUUAUAUAGUAGUAUUAUUAAAUAAAAAAAUAUUGUCUUUUUCAAAUGAUAUAAAUAAUACAAAUUCAUCAUGGAUUAAUAUUAUUAAUUUACUUUCUGGAAUUUCUAAAAACAAUAAAAAUCUUAUUCAUUUGAUUCAUAAAAAUAUUGGAAACGAUUUGAAUAAUAAUGAAAAGGAAAUUGAAACAAAAAAAUGUGGAGAAAGAAAUAUGUUUGAUUCAUCAUUUUCUGAAAAAUUUGUUUAUAGGAUUAUUAAAAAUAGUUGUGAUUAUUCUAUAAGAGAGAUAUCUUUAUUAUUACAUAGUUGCUAUUAUUUAAAUAUAAAAAAUGACGAAAUAUUUAAUUUUAUUUUUGAUAAAUUAACUAAAAACGAUUAUUAUUUUAAUAGUUUAGAUCUACACAUUUUUGUAUAUUCUGUGUACAAAUUGAAUUUACUCAGUUAUGUAAAUUUUAUGGAAAGAAUAAAAAAAGACAUUUUAAAAAAUAUAGAUAAUUUUUCAAAUAGCCAAAUUAUUAAUAUAUUACUAGCAUAUACCCAUUUUUUUCAUUAUUAUCAUUUGAAAGAUAAAAAAAACGUUUUAGAAAUAGAUGAAUUUAUAUCUAUCAUAUUUGAUAAAUGUAUGAAAAGAAUAAAUUUUUUUAUGAAUAAAGAGUUUUGUAAUUUUCUUAAUUUUAUUUUGCAAAAUGAUAUUUAUUUAGAUAAUAAAAAGAGACAUGAAUUUUUUAGGAUAAUUUCAAGUUUGCUAGAAAAAAACAAAUAUUAUGAAAAUAAAUUAAUUCUAAAUAAAAUGACAGACAUAGAUAUUUUUACUAUAGUCAAUUUUAUAUAUAAAUAUUUAUAUAAUGAUAAUGGAAUAUUUCAAUUAAAGGAUGUUGCUUUUUAUAAUUUAGAUAAAUAUAUCAUAGAAUUAAUAAUGAAAAAAAAAAUUAAAGAAAAUUUGUUAACAUAUAUUAUACACUACUCUAAAUGUAGAGUUGUUUCACCUAUUAGUAUGAAUCAUUUGACAUGUUUUUUGAAACAUAUUAAUAUAAAUUUGUUAGAAUUUAAAAUGAAAGUGAUUUUGCUAACAUCUAUUGAUAGACUUAUAGAGAUGAAUAAAAAUAGUAGUAAUGAUAAUAAUUCAAAUGAGAUAACUGAAGAAACAUAUAUUUUGAAAUAUUAUCUUGAAUUAUUUAAAGGAAUUCACAAAGACUUAACUGAUUAUGUAUUUAUACGCGAAUAUAAUAAUAACCAUGUAGGGGCCACUGUGAUAAAAAAUAUUUGCACACAAAAUAAAAAGGAGCUAUUUUCCACUAUCGAUAUUAAGGAGAUAAUAAAAAUAAUUAAAAAAGGAAAAGAUAAUAAUGAAAAUGUUGCUAAAAAAAAUGAUAAUAUAAUAUUAAGGAGUCCCAUUGAAAAUGAAAUAGAAAAAAUAAAAGAGACACUUUUUAAUAAUUUGAAUGAAUAUAUAAUAAAAAAUGAAAUAAUAGAAUUAUUUCCACAACUUUUAACAAAUAAAACUGUUGAUAUAAACCUUUUAAAUAAGAUAGAAUAUGUUGUAAAUAAAGUUAUGAUUGAAAUAAAAAAUAAUUUACUUGAAAAAAAUAAUGAAAAAUUUUAUACCACAAUAAAUAUUAUUAACAAACGUGAAAGAAUAGGGUUAUCUUUUUUACAGACAUUAAAUUUAUGUAAUGAAGGUAUUUUUAUUAAAAAUAAUAGUAUAGCCCAAUUUGUAAAUAAUAAAAAAAUAAUAUUAAAAUAUACAGAAUACAUUGACAAAGAUAAGGGGAAAAAUAUUAAAGAUUGUUUUAAUUUUUAUGUGCAUAUGCUUUUAUUUGAUAUAAACAAUAAUUUACUCUUUUUUGUGGAUAAUUUAUUAAGAAAAAUAUGGAAUGUUUUAAUAAAUAAACAUUUUAAUUAUGAACAAAACAUAUUAAAUGUUAUUGACAUUUAUUCAUCUAUUAUUAAAAUAGAUAAGAGUUAUUAUGAUGUGUAUACGAAUCAUAUUUAUAAAUUAAUAUUUCCAAAAAUAUUAUAUAAUUAUAAAAGCUUAGGAUUUAAAUAUUUAUCUCUUUUAUUUUAUUCUAAUUUAAUUCACAUGUUUUUACAUAUAAAUUCACAUUCUAAUUAUUAUAAACAUGCUAAUUUGUCGAUCGAACUUUUGCUUAAACUGUUCGAUUAUUUUUUAAAUUCGGUAGACGAGGAGGUGUAUAAUUUAUUUAAAUUUAAUAUUAAAGAGUUAUCAGAAUGUCAUGAAAGAGAUCAAAAAAAUAUACAGAGUUGCUUAUUUUGCCCAUCUUUAAAUGAAUUAAUCUACAUAUAUAGAACAUUUUAUUUUUUUCAUUUUGUUGAAUUAUAUAAAUACAUGAAAAUAUACCAACUGAAGCGUCUUUAUACCUUCUACAAAAUUUUAAAUUAUUACACCUUUAACAUUAAAAGGUUUUCAAUACAUGAGUUUACCCAAACCAAUAAAGAUACUUCAAACACUCACAACUCUAUCGUAAGUUCCAUAAAUUCCCUUCUCAAUAGAAAUAAAAAAAUAAAUGUUGCAUGUGAAUAUGUUGUUUUUCCAUUAUUUAUAAUCGACAUUUUAAUAUAUAAAAAUUAA